GUGGGGAGGACAGCAAGACGCACGAAAUUAUCGCACACAAACGGAGCAACGAAGAUGCAUGGUCACGGUGGUGACGGCACCGCUGGUGGUGCUGAUGGUGCUGGUGCAGCCAUCGUUGCUCGCAACGUCCACCGCUCCUACGGCAAGAGGUCAUCCAAGGUCAAGGUGCUGCAAGGCCUCAACCUCACCAUCCCACGCGGGUCCAUCUACGGCCUGCUUGGGCCAAGCGGUUGCGGCAAGACAACGCUGCUCAAGUGCCUUGUUGGGAGGCUGACCAUUGAUGAAGGCCACCUAACUGUCCUGGGCAAGGAGCCAAACACGCAGGGCCACGCCGUGCCUGGGUCUCUCGUUGGAUACAUGCCACAGGAGAUUGCCCUGUAUCCUUCCUUCACAGUCUGGGAAACCCUUCGCUUCUGUGCUCGCCUGCAUAACCUCAAGACGUACGAGUUUGAACCGCGAGCAACGUUUCUCCUCUCCCUCCUCGACAUCAUCGACCUCAAGGACCGAUACAUCUCAAACCUGAGCGGUGGCCAGAAGCGACGCGUGUCGUUCACGGCUGCCUUGCUCCACAGUCCCCCACUCGUGAUUCUCGACGAACCGACCGUUGGCGUUGACCCGAUUCUGCGUGCGCGGCUGUGGCAGCACCUGACCGAGCUGACCAACGGCCCGUCACCGACCACCGUGCUCAUCACCACGCACUACAUCGAGGAGGCGCGCCAGGCGAUGUACGUUGGCAUGAUGCGUGGGGGGCGGCUGCUGGCGGAGGCGGAGCCAGAGCACCUCAUCCACCGCCUGCACAUGUCGUCUCUCGAAGACACCUUUCUUGCCCUGUGCCACACGCACAGCAUCGGCGCCAACACCCACGAUGACCUGUGCACACUGGACCGCGUCGCUGGCGACUGGAGAAGUCGAGGAAGCAGCAGCAGCAGCAGUGGCGGUGAUGGCCAGAGGGAAGAUGAGCAGAGCACAGUGGUGGCGGUAGCGGAAGAAGAGGAGGAGGAAGGCGAGGAAGAAAUAGGGGAGCAGCAGCAACAGCAACAACGUCGUCGUUCUUUUCGAUUUGAUCGCCGCUCCAAGACAGCAGGCCAUGCCGACACCCGCGCCCAUGGCACACAGGGGCGCCCGCAUGCUGCGCAUGUGAACGAUACGGGUUCGCUCAACGCCACUGGGCAGGAGAUCGACGAGGCAGCGCCUCUCCUCGCAUCCAGCCGCCACCACCACCACCACCAGCAGCAACAACAGCAACAACAACAGAGGUCGCGAAAGGGGGAAGGCGCUGUGGAGCGUUAUGGCGCUGGCAGAGCGCGACCCAACCGUGCUAAACGCACAAAGAAGACUCAGUCCUCCCGGCGCCGAUGGGGGCCUGGCCUGCCGACGUGGCGCAACUUCUACGCGCUGCUGGUAAAGAACAUGCUACGCCUCGGACGCAACUACGGCCUGCUCGUGUUCCAGUUUAUGCUGCCAGCCCUGCAAAUCAUCCUGUACUGCCUUGCCAUUGGCCGGGACCCGACAGGCCUACGCAUGGCGGUCGUGAACGACGAUGUGGGGGUGAACGUCUCGCUGCCCACCGCCCACACGCUUCGCUUCUCAGACAUCUACCUCCACCAGCUCUCAAACAAGACCAUCCACCAGGUUCCUGUUGCCACGUACGAGGAGGCCGUGCACCGCAUACACCGUGGCGACUGCUGGGGCGUGUACCAGUUUGCAGGCAACUACUCCCAAGACAUCAUCAAACGACUAUCCAAGGACGACUCCCCUGCUGUGAUUGCGGGGUCUCAGAUCAGUUUGACGCUCGACAACAGCAACCAGCAGAUCUCCAUCGCCAUCGAAGCAGCAACUGCAGCCGCAUUCGAAUCAAUGGUGGAUGCUGUGCUCGGGAAUCUGUCCACCUUGGCUGCCAGCCCCGUCCGCUUUGAGAAACCAAUUUACGGCGAGCUGCACCCAACCUUCACAGACUUUGUUGCCCCAGGCAUCAUGGUGAGCAUCACGUUUGCGCAGGCGAUUGGGCUCACGGCCAUGUCCUUCGUGCUGGACCGCAAGGAAGGGCUGCUGGACCGCGUGUGGGUGGCCGGCGCACGUGCGAGCGACGUGAUUCUGGCCCACAUGGCCACGCAGUUUUGGAUCCUGGCUGGGCAGACGGCCGCUGUGCUGUUCUUUGCGCUCGUUGUCUUCAAACUGCCCAUUGUCGGCUCGCUGGCCUGGGUCAUCGUCCUCAUGAUGAUGCUUGGCCUCAGCGGCAUGGCAUACGGGCUGUUCAUCUCGACACAGGUUGACAGCGAAGUUGGCGCGAUUCAGGUGGCCAUGGGCAGUUUCUUCCCCGUUCUCCUCCUCAGCGGCGUCCUCUGGCCCCUCCAGGCAAUACCGCAAUGGCUGCUGUACAUUUCCUAUAUCAUGCCGACCACGUGGGCAGCAGAGGCAAUGCGCUCCCUCAUGCUUCGUGGCUGGACAAUUUUGCACCAGGAUGUGUGGCUUGGGUUUGUUGUUGUGCUUGCAUGGACCCUCCUCCUCCUCUUCUUCGCCGCCGUUGGCAUUCGCAGCGUCGACUGAUGUAUGCGUGGUGUGUGUGUGUGUGUGUGUGUGUGUGUGUGUGUGUGUGUGUGUGUGUGUGUGUGUAUGUGUGUAUCUAAGCGUGUAAGCGUGUGUCAGUGUCUGUGUGUGUCAGUGUCUGUGUAUGGUUGUGUGUGUGUGUGUGUGUGCUUUGUGUGUGUGUGUGCUUUGUGUGUUUGCCUGCGACCAUGUCCCACGAUGUCCUCCCCCCUUCUCCUCCUCCUCCCCCACCCUUCCUGUCGCUGCACCCCUCCAACUGGGUUACCCACUCCCCGGCUUCACCCAGCUCUCUUGCUUCCUCCCUUUCCGUUGCCACGGUUUAGUCAGUCAGAAAAUCCAUAUUCACACAGUCAAGCCUGCAUUAGAACAUUCUCAUC